AUGUCUCAGAGCUCUGAACACUUCCUGACCGCAAAGAACUUGUGGAAAAGAGCUCAGGGUCUAAAAGGUAGCAGCAAUGUGACCAUCACCGGAAAGGACCUCGACAUCGCCACUGUCUUUGCAGUCUCACAAGGAGGUUGCCAGCCCUUUCUUACCGAGGACGAACCCACGUGCGCACGCAUUCACGAAAGUGUGAAACAAUUGAACGAUUACCUCCAGAAAGGCCAUACCGUCUAUGGAGUCACUACAGGAUUCGGUGGAAGUGCCGAUUCCAGAACAAAAGAGGUACACAAGCUGCAAACUUCUCUACUCCAGCUUACGCAAAGCGGAGUCAUACUUUCAUCUGACCAAGUUGUAAAUGAUGGAGUCUCCGAACAUCGUUCCGAGCUGACAUCGAUGCCCAUGUCCUGGGUCAGAGCAGCGAUGUUGGUGAGAUGCAACGCAACUGCUCGGGGCCAUUCUGCAGUCACCAUGAAUGUCCUACAGGCCAUCUUGAGACUUCUUCGACAUGACAUUGUUCCAAUGGUGCCGCUGAAAGGAUCUGUCUCUGCGUCGGGCGAUCUAAUGCCCCUUGCAUUCAUAGCUGGUGCUAUUGAAGGCAACCCAGACAUCAAGGUUUGCCAGCGACAAGGCGAAUCUCUCAAGAUCCUCUCUGCGGAAGCAGCUCUGGCGCAACAUCAAAUCCCGAAAAUGAACUUUGGUCCGAAAGAAGCUUUGGGUCUUGUCAAUGGCACGGCCUCGUCGGCCGGUCUGGCUGCAAUAGUUAUGUAUGAGGCACAUCAUGUGGCUACACUAUCACAAGCCUUCACGGCAAUGGCAGUGGAGGCAAUGCUUGGAAACUCGGAGAGCUUCCAUCCAUUUAUUAGCGAGGCACGACCCCACCCCGGUCAAAUCGAAGUCAGCCGUAAUAUCUUAGCGAUGCUGCAGGGCUCCUAUCUGGCAAAGGGCAUUCGCAACAGUAAAGACUAUGCCCCGGAAGGACUUUUCCAGGAUCGAUAUGCGCUCAGGAGUACACCUCAAUGGAUUGGACCGCAACUGGAGGAUCUUCUCUCUGCCAACCAACAAAUCACCGUUGAGUUGAAUUCGUCGGCUGACAAUCCUAUAGUCGAUGCCGAUGCCCAGGAGGUGUACUACGGUGCGAACUUCCAGGCUGCAGCAGUAACUUCCGCCAUGGAAAAGACGCGCCUCGCAUUACAGAUGCUCGGAAAGCUUUUCUUUGCUCAAUCGACCGAGCUCAUCGAUGCUAAUCUGAACAAUGGUCUGCCGGCAAAUCUUUGCGCUGACAACCCCAGUCUUUCCUUCACUAUGAAGGGUGUCGACAUCAACAUGGCAGCUUACAUGUCCGAGCUAGGGUUCCUAGCCAAUCCAGUGAGCAACCACGUACAAUCCGCUGAGAUGGGCAAUCAAUCGAUCAAUUCACUUGCUCUACUGUCGUCUCGCAUGACCACGAAAGCUGUGGAACUAGUGUCCCUAAUGGGCGCCACUUGUCUCUACGUCGGCUGCCAGGCGUUGGAUCUUCGAGUCAUGCAAAUCGAAUAUCUUGAUGAACUGUACUCAACCUUGCAAAAUGAUAUGGGAUCUUUCUUCGCCUCCAGCCUGGAAUCGAAAGGAAUCGAGUCAUACAAGGUGCAACUUCGAAAGCAUCUUACAUCUUGUUGGCGAGCAUCUUCCCGUCUAGAUGAUGCCGAGCGUUUCAACGCAGUCGCUGAUGGUGCUGUCCUCUCUUUGCUGCACGUUUUAAAAGACUCCGAUCAUGUUCUUUCUGAGUCAGGGGCGUUAAGCUUGCUGCCACCAUGGAGAUCGAAUGUUGAAAGCAAAGCGGCCAGCAUCUACAAGGCCACCUUCCAUCGGUUCUGUGCAAAACAGACCACAGAACAGUAUCUUGGAGUCGGGUCUCAAGCGCUCUACCGCAUGGUCAGGAGAGAGCUCGCCGUACCAUUUCAUCAGGGCCUGGGUGAACACCCGGGUUCGGAAGAUACUGUCAUAUACGGCGAGAAUGUGAGACCAAGAAAGAUUAUUGGCAACUGGAUUGCUACGAUUUAUGAAUCCAUUCUUGAUGGGAGGAUGAACCAUGCGUUAUACGGUGCUCCACUGGAUGUAGGCAAUGGUGUUCACGCUGCGAAUGGCAACGGCGUGCACAGGUUCAAGACAAAACAACGGAAACAAUUAUGGUAA